AUGAGUUUCAUUCCAGUCAGUGGAAGUUUCUGCGCUCCUUGUUCUAGCUUCAAGCUAAAAGUCAUUAUUUCAGAGGAAGACGACAGCGAAGAGGACGAGGAGGAAGGCAUUGCAACUGCACCGUCCGAUUUUCGCCUUAUAGACGUCAAACCGUAUGCCGUGAAGCUGACAUGGACUCCUGAAGGGCCAUUGCCACAAGACGGAUAUUUCGUUUUGAGGUUUCAUAAAAUAUGUAACAUGCUAAUUUUGGCUUCAUCUUGGGCUUUUGUCUUUAGUCAUGAGAUGACGGACAACAUAAUUACGGUUGUCACGAGAGGAACGGAGUAUGAAAUCACGGGAUUGGACUCGUGUACAAUUUAUGCAGUGAAAUUAACCGCGUCAGAUGGCAAGGAAGAGACGGAAGCGUCCAGUCUGAUUGUGCUUACAGAGCACAUCUACCAGAACUAG